AUGGCGCAAGCAUUGAAGCUCUUCCAUGCAGCUCGGCGCGCUGCAUCCCGCGCAGCCGAUGCGGGCCCAUCACCGCUUUCCGCCUUCCGCAAUAACCCGUCCUCCCCGCUCCCUGCCUUCCGCAACCCACUGCCCUCUCCGCUUCUACCGCCUCGCCUUCCUGCGCCUAGCGCGGGCAGCCCCCUCACCGCCAACCCGUGCGCGCCCCUGACCGAUCACGCUUUGCGCGCGCGACAUCCCCCCGCACCAGUCGCAGAGCUUGCUUCCAAUCGCCUCCGCGCCGCCAUUACCGCCUCGUUCGCCGCUGCGCCAGUUCUCUCCUCCACCAACCCACCACCCACCGCUGCCCACACCGUUCCCGCCGUCCGCCACUUUCUCGCCGCGACUGCGCCGUCCCCCGCUCCAUCCCUUCCGCCACCACCCGCCGUGCGCAGCCGCGCAGCUGCAGCCACUGGCGGAACGAGAGGAGUGUCAGGGGUCACUGGAACCGCAGGCGGGGGAGGAGCGCAGGUCAGGGGGAUGAGCGGGGGAAGCGGGGGGAGCGGGGGGAUCGGGGGGAUGGGGGGAAGCGGGGGGAGCAUCUAUGUGAGAUCUACGCGGGAGCCAAGCGGGCUGGCAUCCGUGCCGCUGGUGCCGCUCGUUCUCGGUCUAGCUGGCGCCAUCCCAUUCGUCGCCCUCGCGCCGCCCAUAUGCUCCCUCAUUCCUCUCCCUGUCAGUACUCCCCUUCUCUCUUGCAUCCCCUUUCCUUCUCUCUUGCAUCCCCUUUCCUUCUCUCUUGCAUCCCCUUUCCUUAUCUCUUGCAUCUCCUUUCCUUCUCUCUUGCAUCCCCUUUCCUUCUCUCUUGCAUCCCCUUUCCUUCUCUCUUGCAUCCCCUUUCCUUCUCUCUUGCAUCCCCUUUCCUUCUCUCUCGCAUCCCCUUUCCUUCUCUCUUGCAUCCCCUUUCCUUCUCUCUUGCAUCCCCUUUCCUUCUCUCUUGCAUCCCCUUUCCUUCUCUCUUGCAUCCCCUUUCCUUCUCUCUUGCAUCCCCUUCCCUUCUCUCUUGCAUCCCCUUUCCUUCUCUCUCGCAUCCCCUUUCCUUCUCUCUUGCAUCCCCUUUCCUUCUCUCUUGCAUCCCCUUUCCUUCUCUCCUCCCUCGCCCCUCAUGCUCCCUCGUUGUCCCUAUUCCUAUCCUCCCACCCAUCACAAUCACUCUACGGCCACACACCCGCUCGGGCCUUAGGCCCUUUCUCUCUCACCCCAUUCCCACCCCUUUCCCCUCACUUUCCCCCUUUCCUCCCCUUCCCCCCCUUCUCCCCGCCCUUAACCCACCCCUUGCCCCAACGCCGUCCAUUGCUCUGCCCAUAUCUACCAUCAUCGCACGGCAGGUACACAUGGAGUGUGGCGCCAUCCCUGGCUGCAUGGGUAGCGCUGCUGCUGCCAGAUGGGCCCAAGUUCGCCCUCCUGCUCUCCUCUUUCCUCCUUGUGUUGGGUGUCGACACAGUCUUUGUCCGCAUGGCAUUAGUGCCUGCAUGGUAUCUGCCUCUCCGAGUGCUGCUCUCCUCCAUUGCUCUUCUCAGCCUCGCCGCCACCGCAUUCACCGUCGUAACUGGCACUGCCAUCUCACAACCAUCUCCUCAAUCCACUGUCAUCUCCCAAUCAACCCCUCCUGCUACUCACUCAACUGCGGUGCCCUCACCCGCGGAUCAACAGCCCGUUCACUCCUCUCACCCCUCAUCCUCUCAACCCUCGUCCUCCCAACCCUCAUCCACCCAUCCUUCAACCUUCGAAUCCUAUCCCUCAGAAAAGCAGUAA